GUGUAUUGUAUGGAAUAAUGAGUGACAGGUGUGUGGAGUGAUAUGGACUACGAAGGCAAUUGGACCAGUGGUGAAGUGGAAAUGUGCAAUCCGGCAGACAUAGUAGCAGACAAGAGCAGCAGUGGCCACAGCAGCCUCAGCUUCUCAACCAGCGACUCCGCUCCCUCCUCCUCCCACUCGCCACAAUUGAAUGUGAGUGACAGAGUUGGAACUAGUGUAACCACCUCCGCCCCUCCUCCUCUGCGCCAAUGUCAGUCGGAGGAGGAGUGGAGAAAGGAAGGAGAGGACAGAGAGGGAGGAGAGCAUCAAGAUGUGCAGCAUGAGCAGGAGCAGACUAGCAUGGAGAGGGAAUCAGACAUGGCUGGUGCGGGCUCAUCUUCAGCAGCCGCCGCAUCAAUCGCCAGACCCCUGUUCGGUCCAGUGCAGCAACCUAAACAACAUGCUAUCAUUUCAAAAGAGCCCUUGGAGCAGGGAGUUUGUGGUCUGCAGAACUUGGGCAACACCUGUUUCAUGAAUGCAGGCCUCCAGUGUCUCAUCAACAUGCCUGCCAUCUGUCAGCAUUUCCUCAAAACAACCUCCUCAUCAUCCUCCUCUUAUUCAGAUGUGAAAGAGGAGUCAAAUUUAUCGACGCCAUUCAGGAAUCUUCUUUUGGAGGUGUGGGGAAACAAGAGGGCGGACUUCAGACCCGAGACGUUCAAGAGCUCCUUGGCUACCAGAUUUUCACAGUUUGAAGGAUAUCGACAGCAUGAUUGUCAAGAGUUCUUGGCUUUGCUGUUGAGCAGUCUGCACGAUGAGCUCAAAUUGCAGAAAAGGCCAGGUAAUACUCAAGAGAGUAGUCGAUUGGGCAGCCAAAGUACAGCUGAAGGAGGAGGAGGAGGAGGUAUGAACAACACUGCAGUAAGUAAUAUGGAGGAGGACCUGGAUGAAGACGAACUGAGGAAGAUAGAGCACAAGAACCAGGAUGAGGUAGUGUGCACUCACAAUACACAAUCAGCAGUGUCUCAGGCUCCCAAUAGUAGUCAGCAGAUGGCCAUGGACUUUGAGAACCAGCCCGACCCUGCGGUGAGCAAGAAGCUGAAUGGCGGGGUGGGGGCCGGUGAUGGAGACAUGGGGGAGGAGUGGGGGAUUGGAGGUGCUGUGGCCUCCCAGGUACACGAGAGAACUAGACAGAUCUCACCUUCUAAUGUGAUGAAAAAGAUGAAACUGGACUCGAAUGAAAUGAUUGACGGGGAAUCCGACCAUGUCUCAUCGGACAAUGAGAGUGAUCUGGAUGGAUUCACCGCAACACACAAACUCACUCAGAAAGGAGCUGAAACCAAAUUGGAAGAGGAUGAUAGUGUGAAGAAAAAGAAAGGUGAUCAGAAGCUAUCUUUGAGCAGCAAGUCGAAAGGAGGCAAAAGUGUGGAAAGCGUAAUCGCACAAACUUUUCAGGGACAGUUCAAAAAUACGGUGUGCUGUGCUGAAUGCAAUGAAGUGUCCACUAGCUAUGAACCCUUCAUGUAUGUCCCAGUUCCAUUGCCAGGGGCUUUGGACAAGGCUUUCCAAGUGGUGCUGAUUCCCAGAGACGCCAACAUGAGCAAAGUGAAGUUGAUAGUGCGUGGAGUGAACAAACAUGGCACAGUUUAUGACCUGAAAACGAAGUUGUUCCAAAACUUGAAGAGUAGGAAGGACUUCUCUCUCGAUUCAGAUGUUCUUUUGGCAGUUGGGUCUACCGUUCAGGACUGCAAGUGUGGAUCUGUGGACAGAUUCUUGGAGGAUGCGAAUAAACUCUUUCAUCUGCCGGAGAGUGGGAAAGGAAGUGGAGGUGCAAAUAGCAAGAAUGUUUGCUUCUUUGCCUUCUGUGUACCCGAGUCAGCGGCCACUGCUUCGACUACUGGUACUGUUGAAUCAGUUUCGGAUUCUACUACCUCGUCAGCUGCAACGGGUGAUGUAGAGAGGGGUCAGGAGGAAGGUGGACAUAGGUGGGAGGAGAACACGGAAGAAGAGGAGCACGGGGAGAGGGAACCCGACUCAGAGAGGGAAAGGGAGGGAGGAAGUUGGGAGCAGCCGUCAAAUCAGAAUCAAUCUGCCUCUCAACCCCAUUCUGCAAUGGAAGUGACCAAGUGGAAACAGUGCUGCAUCUGUUUGGAUGAGAGAUUCGAGGAUGAUCUGCGCAUGCACAAGAGCUGUGGAGCAUGUCUGUGCGAAACAUGCUUCUCCAGUCUGAAAGAGAACCAGAUGCAGUCGCCAGAACAGACUGUUGCCGCGGCUGCUCUGGCCACUUUAGGCCACGGUGGUGGCGAUGACUUCGACAUCAUGGGUGCACUCGCUAUGGAGCAGAUCAACUCCCUUGAAGCAGCUGCAAACAAUCAGCCCAGCAGUUCCAGCCAGGAGCAAGAGAAGGAUAAGAAGGUGCUGGUGAAGUGUCCAAUGUGCAAUGUCAUGGAAGACGAAGAUCUGGAGUUUCCCUUUUUGGGAAAUGGGAAACAGACGAAAGUCGAAGACAGCGGCACAGAAUCCCAAACAGGGACAGUUGGCGGAGCAUCCACUUCAGCAGGAGGAGGGGGCAGAGGAAGUAGACGCAUGUUGUUGAGUGUGUGCUACAGAGUGUACAGCUGGGAGAAUGGGCGGAUGGAGAAAGUGGACUUGCCCCGGAUGGUUGUUCUGUCGGAUUUGGUAUCCAGACAGCAUUUGAUUGAAUGUGUGAGGGAUAAUUGUGUGCCAGCGUCGCUCUCGGACUUCGCCUACUCGGUGCAUCGCACGGAGAAUACAGGCCUCAAGUGUCCCAGGUGCUACAAAACUGCCACUGCAGACAACUCGGCCUGUGAUUGUUCUAUUCUAGCUAAGAGUGAACAGUUAGCGUCAGACCCGCUUUCGAACGACUUCGUCGAGUUCAUUCCAGGAGAUUCGCUAUGCAUCCAGUUUGACGGGGUGUCAUUUGACGAUGUUGCGCCUCUCUUUCCCCCAGUAGAACAGUGGAAUGAGAGCGAAGGAGGAAUUGGUGCGAGUAGAACUGAGGACGGAGUACUCAGUCUGGAGUACUGUCUGGAUGCCUUCACUGGACCGGAGACACUAGAAGAGUGCGAGGAGUGGUGGUGUGGGAAAUGCAAGGCAGUGAGGAAGGCCACUCGCCAGAUGGCUCUGUGGGAGUUACCAGAGACAUUGGUGAUCUAUUUGAAAAGAUUCCACUUCCACAGUGCCACCAUGACCAGCUACAAACUGGACAACCCUGUCUCCUGUCCCACCAGUCUCCAGCUGCCUCACCAGAACAAAACGAGCACUGUCGAAUACAGGCUGCAGAGUUGUGUCUACCAUGUCGGACAAACAGUGAAUUCGGGCCACUACACGGCCUAUGCGCGCAAUGCGUUGAGUGGUCAAUGGUACCAUUUCAACGACGAGUCAGUGCGACUGGUGGAGCAGCCGGAGCCACAGUUCGAGAGAAGCAAAGACAUCUACAUUCUGUUCUAUCAGAGGAGUGACUGCUCAUACCACAUCAGUCUGCCUCCUAUCACUAACCAGGUCUCCAAUGCCCUUACCAGCAGACCACAGUCUGACCCAGUGCCGAAUAACAGCGAAGGGGAUACCCUCGGCAACCACUCAACAUCUGAGCAGCAGCAGAAUAAGGAGAAAGCGAUGCAGCUGCAAGUGGCACUCAUCCCAAAAUCAGUUGCUUCCUUGUCUGAACAGUGAGACUAGCUACACUAACCAGCAAUAGUUUAGAAACCUGUGACGAUGUCAACCCACUCCACUCAGAUGGCAAGCUAGCUAGCUGGCCACUUUUUGACACUAUACUUAAUUGAUUGAGCGUAUAGAUUUGCGUAGUUGAUAGAAGAGCUAGAGCUUAAAUACAAAAAUGCGAAACACACAUGGAAUCUGCAUCUAGUCAUAUGCAAAAAAAACUACGGGAGUUAUAGAAGUAAAGCAAGACUGCUCAUAUAUCAGGGCGAAGCCCUGAAUUUUCCGAUUGCAUUUUAAGGUCAUUUUAAUAAUUUUUUUUGGUUGAAAAUUUGACUAAGUUAGUAAUUUUCAAAGCCUAAUAACAUUUUCUUCGAAAGUCGGAACAAUUACCGGUUUGCAAAUGAGUAUGGUUUUUUGCUGUUUUCCAGUUGUGUGUUUUGUGCGCAACAAGCAUCUGAGGAGUCGCGUUCUAAUCUAAUAUAUAUAUAUAUCUAGUUUUCCUGUUCACUACAUCAAUGCUAUAUUUCUCUAAUUUGUGCUGUGCUCAUACACUUUGUUUGUAAAAAUUUAUUUAAGCUAUUUCAAUGACAGCUUAUAUGGCCAUAUUAUUUUUGACCCUCGGAAGACCGAAUUCAAGUUUUAAUUA